AUGAUUCCAGGAACAUCUCCUGGAACGUCUACCAUCACGCCACCAGUUGACUGUACACACCCAUGCACAACAAGCAUCAUUAUCGUUACCACCCCAGGGCAGCCACCAGAUACAGCUGUAACAACUACGAUUCCCGGAACAUCUCCAGGAACUUCUACAAUCACUCCACCUGUUGACUGCACUCAUCCAUGUACAACACGUAUUAUUAUUAUUACUACACAAGGACAGCCGCCUGAUACUGCCAUCACUACAACUGUAUCUGGAUCAAUUCCAGGCACGAUUCCAGGCACAUCUACGAUCACGCCACCAGUUGACUGUACACAUCCAUGCACAACAAGUAUCAUUAUCGUUACCACUCCAGGGCAGCCGCCAGAUACAGCGGUAACAACUACAAUUCCCGGAACAUCACCAGGAACGUCGACAAUCACUCCACCUGUUGACUGUACUCAUCCAUGCACAACAACUAUCAUUAUCGUCACUACCCCAGGCCAGCCGCCUGAUACUGCCAUCACUUCAACAGUUCUAGGCACAUCUCCUGCCACAACUACCAUCACUCCACCAGUUGACUGUACUCAUCCAUGCACAACAAGUAUUGUUAUUAUUACUACUCCAGGCCAGCCUCCUGAUACUGCAAUUACUACAACUGUACCUGGCACAAUGCCAGGAACAUCAACAAUUACACCUCCUGUAGACUGCACACAUCCGUGCACAACAAGUAUUAUUAUUACUACAACACCUGGCCAGACGCCUGAUACAGCAGUAACCACUACGAUUCUGGGAACCUCUGCAGGAACGUCUACAAUUACGCCGCCGGUUGACUGUACACAUCCAUGCACGACAAGCAUCAUUAUCAUUACCACCACAGGGCAGCCGCCUGACACAGCGGUAACGACUACAAUUCCGGGAACAUCGCCGGGAACAUCUACAAUCACACCACCGGCUGGCUGUACUCAUCCAUGCACAACAAGUAUCAUCAUUGUUACAACCCCAGGCCAACCACCUGAUACUGCCAUUACUACGACUGUACCUGGUACUAUUCCAGGCACAUCUACAAUUAUACCGCCUGUAGACUCGGGUACCAUUCCUGGCACAUCUACGAUUACUCCCGCAGUUGACUGUACGCACCCAUGUACCACAAUCAUCAUCAUUACUACAACUCCUGGCCAGCCACCUGAUACUGCUAUAACGACAACUGUACCAGGAACAAUUCCAGGAACAUCUCCUGGAACCUCAACAAUCACUCCACCAGUUGACUGCACUCAUCCAUUUCCUGGAACAUCUACAGCUACGCCUCCUGCAGACUGCACCCAUCCAUGCACAACAAGCAUUAUUGUAACCACAACACCUGGGCAACCGCCUGACACUGCCAUAACUAGGACGGUACCUGGAACGAUUCCAGGUACAUCAACAGUUACACCUCCCGCAGACUGUACUCAUCCGUGCACAACAAGUAUUAUUGUCACCACUACACCUGGACAGCCACCCGACACAGCGGUAACGACAACGAUUCCAGGCACAUCUCCUGCCACAACUACCAUCACUCCACCAGUUGACUGUACUCAUCCAUGCACAACAAGUAUUGUUAUUAUUACUACUCCAGGCCAGCCUCCUGAUACUGCAAUUACUACAACUGUACCUGGCACAAUGCCAGGAACAUCAACAAUUACACCUCCUGUAGACUGCACGCACCCGUGCACAACUAGCAUUAUUGUUACUACAACGCCUGGCCAGCCGCCUGAUACGGCAGUAACAACUACAAUUCCAGGAACAUCACCUGGAACAUCUACAAUCACGCCACCAGCCGGCUGUACUCAUCCAUGCACAACAAGUAUUAUUAUAAUUACUACCCCAGGACAGCCACCCGAUACUGCGAUAACGACUACCGUUCCUGGCACGGUUCCUGGGACAUUUACAAUAACGCCUCCUACGGAUUGCACACAUCCAUGCACAACGAGUAUUAUUGUCACUACAACGCCUGGCCAGCUGCCCGAUACUGCUGUGACUAGUACUGUAUCUGGUACUAUUCCUGGCACAUCUACCAUCACACCCCCAGUAGACUCCACCUGA